UGACGUUUAACUGCCGUCAAAUUUCACACGAUAGCACACGGUUUUUUGAUAAUGUCGAGUAAUCGAACAAGAAAUUUAUCGCAUUUUAUUUAAAUUGAAAAAUGACAGAGGAUCAAGAUGCUAAAGAUUCGCAGUCUGACUCGGGGAGUAAGACAUUUACCAACAAGAACAAAGACAAGAAAGCGAAGACCCAACGGCCACUGACCAAAAUUAUAUUACGGCGUUUACCGCCAACUAUGACUGAGGAAGGAUUCUUGGAGCAGGUGUCCCCAAUACCCGAGCACGACCACUUCUAUUUUGCCAAGCCUGAUACGUCACUCGGAAACAAUGUUUACUCGCGGGCUUAUAUAAAUUUUGUGAAUAUGGAAGAUAUUUAUCUAUUCAGGGAUAAAUUUGAUGGUUACAUUUUUCUUGACGAAAAGGGUGUGGAGUAUGUUGGUAUAGUGGAGUAUGCCCCAUUUCAAAGGAUUCCCAAAAAGAAGAAGAAAAAAGAUCCCAAAUGUGGCACCAUUGAAAGUGACCCAAUUUUCCAAGAAUUCAUAGAGAACCUGACUAAAGAGGCUGAACCAGAGAACCAGCCAAAACUUGAGUACUCAUAUCCAGUCAAUGAUGGAAAUGAUAAGAAAGUCCAAUCAACACCGCUUCUAGAAUACCUGGCUGCCCGUAAACAGGACAAGCGUGGCCGCGAUGAGCGCCGUAGGCGGGAAAAUGACAAAAGGAAGAUGAGGAUAGAACGGAAGACUAAGGAAGGACCAAUCAAGGAGGAAGAAUCUACUGAAAAUGAAGUAAAGAAAAUUAAGCCAAGGGAGUGGGACAGAGACAAAUCAACGUCUGAACCUAAAGAGGAGUCUCUAAAGAAUGAAACUAAAGAUGGGACAGUGUUUGAGUCCAAGACAUACAGGGAACAAAGAAAGGUAGGAUCUAGUGUGGACAAGAAAAAGAAACUUGACAAUGACAAGAGAGAAAUGUCUAACAAGGAUGAAGAAGGGGAAGAUUCUGAUAAAGGCUACAAAAAAGAUAAGCGUGACAAAUUUAAGGAAUCGCCUCGCGAACUUAAGAGCAAGAAGUACAGUGACACCAGGAAAGAAAGGGUCAAACAGAUAGAGAGUGGAAAGUCUGAUAAACAAGCAGUUAUCAACAAAAUGAUGUCUUCAGAGGGCAAAAGCAAAAUUAACCAUGAUGAUAUUAAACCAUUUACACAACUGCCACAAGUGAAAACUGAUGAUUUGACUAAACUUAUUGAAGGUAUGGAUAAAAAAGCAAGAAUAGAGGAUUCUGAUUCUAAAGUACAUAAAGAUACAAAAGAUUCUAAUGACAAUGUAACCGAAAGAGAAUUUGAAGUGACCAGAGUUCACAGAAAUAGUGUAGACUCAAGUGAGUCCCAAGAUAAAGAAGAAUCUGGGUAUGAGAGGCAGAAAAGUUUUGAUGAUAGAAGUAAGUCCACAGAUAGAGAAGGGUCUGAAGAAAAAGAAAAGAGUGAGAGCUCAGAGCGUCGUACAGAAAGGAGGAUUAGAAACAAAGAUCGCCCAAGCCUCGUCAUCUAUCAACCGGGAAUGGGUAAAUUCAGCAAACAACGUUUGGCAAAAGAAAAGGAUCCCACGACAAAAUCAGUCAGUGACAGUGAGAAAAAAGACACCUGAAACGACAUUUCUAUUAAUCGAAAAUUGGACACCAUUCGACGGAAUCACCCUAAGGCUGGCAUUCGAUACACGUCCUAAGACGCGGUAGAAGAGGACAAAUUGGACAUGCCAACUGAGGGAUCACUGUUCUUGUUUAUUGAUUCGUUUUAUUUACAUUCAAUAAUGAGUUGGAGAUCUUUUAUCAUUAUGAAAAAUCAGCAUAGCAUUUUGUGCUUCAUAUUUUUAGCUUGUGAUCAUUUAGUUCAGUUUGUUUAAUUUCAUUUAAAUAUAAUUCAUUUUUCAAAAGAG